AAUGAAUAAUUAACAUACUAAUAAACUAACAAUUAAAUCCCCCAAAAUGAAAUUCAUCCCAUUAUUUCUUAUCUCAGCCCUGCUCGCAGUGCAGGUGGCGUCUUUGUCCCCAAAUCAUGACAAGAAAUUGGCCCCACUCGACACCUGCGGGGGCACGGUGGAGGCGGACAGUGGGACAAUCUCGUACUCCUUCACUACCCCGGGGGAAACGUGCAUUUGGACGGUCCACCUCAAAGAAAAGACGCGUUUCCGAUACUACUUUACGACUUUUGACGUUCCUGGACGCGACACAAACUGCACUGGCGCGUCGCUCGGGAUCUACUCGUUGAACAAUAUUUUCUCCGAAAGUUUUCAGGGAUUAGACUUUUGCAACGAAAAGAACUAUUCGCCCUCCUACUUCUACGAGGAUGGUCACACUCUCGCCAUUGUUUUGCGAACGGACGAAUACGCUACUUCCGGUCGAAUUGGUGUUUCCUGGUUAGGCCAACAAACCCCGACAAAUCCACCCAGCCACGGGUCCAGUUUUACCACGACAUCCAGCGGCCUUGUCCAAUACCCGGUGGGGGAGGAGUACCCCCCAAAUUCGGUCAACACCUGGGUCGUGCAGCCAUCCUUGUUGAGCACGGAGGCCACCUUGACCCUAGAAAAUAUUGAUAUUGAAGGGUGUCAGUUUGCCGAUAGGUGUUUAUGCGAUGCCCUCAUCGUGUAUGGGGUCACGGCGAGGGGGGAACUGCAGGCUGAGGCGAAAUUUUGUGGUGACACGACUUCUGGGGAGGUCACUCUCACCCAGUCCAAUAAGUUCAUCGCUGUCUUUUUCACGGAUUUUUUGGACGAUCCAGGCCGUGGGUUUGGUUUCCAGUUGGUGUGGAGGUCAGGAGCUCAAGCGACCACGCCGAUUACGACGACAACCCUGAGAACGACUACCACUGUGACAACGACGGAAAGGACCACAACCCCAGAACCAGAUCAGAUCAUUGCGACCGAAUGUGGUGGGACUAUCGACGCAAAUCAUGGAAAAAUUCUGUACAAGCCGGACGAAUCUUAUGGUAAUUCGGAACGUUGCGCGUGGAUCAUUCGUAGCCCAACGCAUCACAAAGCUCUGUAUCUGUCCAAGAUUCGCAGCGGUUUCGAACUGGGGGCCGACUAUUUGGGAGUUUACGGCUUUGACAAGCUCGAGUCCACCUCGGUCACCAUUGGCAAGUCGACGAACGAUCCAGAAACGAGAUACAUUUAUCAAGGUUCCGUCGCUGUGGUGGUUUUCACUUCGGAUGCGGCAAAUACGGGGACCGGGUUCGAACUUGAUUUCCGUUUUAAUGGCACGAUCGACACUGGCGUGAGGGUUUUCAAUGACUACUUUUCGCCCAAUGUGGAGGGUUCGGUACGGGUGGGAGGACCAAACCCGGACGAUUAUUAUGAUAACUACAGUUUCUCGGUUUUCGUAAUGUCGAGGAAUAAUACGUAUUAUUCAGAUAUCGGAUGGACUGCGAGUCUACACAUUUACAGAAUGGAAGACGCCGGUCUGCCUGCCUGUCAUUACGAUGGCGUCCGCGUAUAUUCUGUGGCUUUGGAUACUUUAUCAUUCGUCGGCAGAUAUUGUUCCGACAGCGAAGCCUCAUUUGGACCAUUCCUCGCCAGAAACUUGUACAUUUUCGUAUUUGCUUCAGACGGGAGUAUCAACCGAGGAGGGUUCGAAAUCACCUGGAGAUUGAGAUAAUUUCAGCCUCCGAAGAAAAAAAUGCGAAAAAUUUGCAUUUUUUAAUACGAGAAAUUUGGAAUUUUAUUUGUUAAAUAAUUAUCAAGUUUGAAUAAAGUACAAAAAAUGCCAUUGUUUCAAUAUUCA